AUGGAUGUGGCAGAUAGCAUAGACAAUAGCCUUUACUUAAAGAAGUGUCUUGAAUUGGAGACUCUUUUUCAAACUCACUUUCAGCACCGAGAGCAAUCAAAAAAAAUAUUGAAGGAACGGCUUUCUAAAGCUGGGCUUGACGUUAUUCAUCUUCGACAGAGCGUUGCCGCGUUAACUGAAGAGUUAAAGGCAGAGCGGUCAAGAUGUGCAGCCCUUGAGACCUCUCUAGGGGAAGCUGAGAAGCUUCAUAAGGCAGCCCUCGUUCAGCGAGACAUUAAGGUUCAGCAGAUGGAGUGCGAUAUUGAUGCACGGGCGCAGCUACUUGCGUUUAAAUCUGACGAAUGCGAUCGCAGAUUGCAGAGUUUGCAGAAACAGGAGGAGGAGCUAUUGCAGCGGCAGCAACAUUUGCGAGCGUACCAGGCGUCGUUGGAGGUUGGUAUAAUACCAGCACAAAAGCAAGCAGAAGCCGAAAGAAAUCGUAUGCGGCACGCAAGAGAGGAGGCUGAGAAAUUUCUCGAGGAAGCGAAAGCUUCUGGCGAGGCCGCAAAGCGUCGGAAGAACGACCUGGAAUCUUUGUACAAUCUUGAAAUGAAAUGCUUUGACCUUGAAAAAAAAGAAUCUGCUAGUCGAAUGCAUAUCCUGCGACAGGAGAUACAUGCAACAUCGUACCUUAUUUCUUCACGAUUGGCACACGUUUCGGUUGCUGAGACCAAGGCAGCUGAGCGUAUUCGAUUGAAUGAGCGUGAUCUCUCUUCGAAGAAAGAUAUAAUUGCACUGAAGGAAAAGGAGAUGAGUUCGCGUCACCAACGUGAGCAGCAACAUAUUUUAGAUGAGAAGGAGAGAAUUCGUUUCACUAGAGAACUCAUGCACAAGGACUACAGACUUAUACUGGAGAAUGUUCGUCUAAUUGGCAGCAAAUGUUCCCUAGAACCGGAACAGUCGCAGGUCAACAAGCUGAAGGACCUUGAAAAACUCCUUUCUUCGUCUUUGGACGAUUGUCAUCAAUAUCUAGAGAAGAAAUUGUAA